AUAUUUAUUUUAGUGUUUUUUGCUACGUAAAUACAUUUGUGAAUCGCGCCCCUAGGCAGCGAACGCGUAGUCUGCGUUUCCACGUAGCUGCAUGUCAACAUGGUCGAGGAGAGCAGUGGAGCAGCCACGAGUUGAUGUGGCAUUCAGGACAGCAGCCUAAACACACUGAACUUGAACCUGGAGACGAAGUAGUUUUUUGCAGAACAGGUUUAAAGCGAGUAGCCACCAUGUUGCUGCAGAGACUGUCUCUAUGCUCGCGGCUCUCUGUGGGCCCAAAAAGCCUCCGGACCUCCACAAGAUCUGUUUCACAGGGAAAGAAUCCCACUACCUCUCCACUUGUCAGACUCCAUGCUGUUCGUCAAUGGAGUAAUGUGCCUUUUCUUACAGUGCCACUGGCGCGUGCCCAUGGUAAGUCAUUCGCCCACCGCAGCGAGCUUCGCCAGGCCAAAAGGAUUGUGGUCAAGCUGGGCAGUGCUGUGGUAACUCGAGGUGAUGAGUGCGGCCUUGCACUUGGGAGGCUCGCCUCCAUUGUUGAACAGGUAGCGAUGCUGCAGAAUCAGGGCAGAGAAAUGAUGAUCGUCACUAGUGGAGCUGUGGCAUUUGGGAAGCAGAGACUCAGGCAUGAGAUUCUUCUCUCUCAGAGUGUCAGACAGGCUCUCCACUCUGGACAAAAUCAGCUCAAGGACAUGUCUCUGCCUGUUUUGGAGGCAAGGGCAUGUGCUGCUGCAGGCCAGAGUGGUUUGAUGGCAUUGUAUGAAGCCAUGUUCACUCAGUACAGCACCUGCACAGCACAGAUCUUGGUCACAAACUUGGACUUCCAUGAUGAUCAGAAGAGACGGAACCUAAAUAGCACCUUGCAUGAGCUGCUGCGUAUGAACAUUGUGCCCAUCAUCAAUACCAACGAUGCAGUGGUGCCUCCUCCAGAGCCCAACAGCGAUCUGCAGGGGGUAAACGUCAUUAGCAUUAAGGACAAUGACAGUUUGGCAGCUCGGCUUGCUGUGGAGAUGAGAGCUGAUCUCCUCAUUGCUCUCUCUGAUGUAGAAGGUCUUUAUGACAGCCCUCCUGGGACAGAUGAUGCCAAAUUGCUUGACACUUUCUACCCUGGUGACCAGCAGUCUAUAACAUAUGGCACAAAAUCAAGGGUUGGCAUUGGGGGAAUGGAAGCUAAGGUGAAGGCUGCUCUUUGGGCUCUUCAGGGAGGCACUUCUGUAGUAAUUGCCAAUGGCACCCACCCCAAAGUCACUGGGCAUGUCAUCACUGAUAUUGUGGAGGGCAAGAAAGUGGGCACAUUCUUUUCAGAGGUCAAGCCUGCUGGGCCCACAGUGGAGCAGCAGACAGACAUGGCUCGCACUGCAGGGAGGACUCUGGCUUCCCUACUCCCAGAGCAGAGGAGUGAGAUCAUUUACGCCUUGGCUGACCUUCUGACUGAGAAAAGAGAAGAAAUUCUUUCUGCCAAUAAGAAAGACUUGGAGUUCGCUAUUAAUUCAGGGCGUAUGCCUGCUUCGAUGCUGAAACGGCUGAGCUUGUCCCCAUCUAAGCUGAACAGUUUGGCCAUUGGCCUUCGGCAGAUUGCAGUGUCCUCUCAGGACAGUGUGGGAAGAGUCCUGCGGAGGACCCGUGUGGCCAACAACCUGGAUCUAGAGCAGAUCACUGUUCCCAUUGGAGUACUGCUUGUCAUCUUUGAAUCCCGACCAGACUGCCUGCCUCAGGUUUCUGCUUUAGCUAUCGCAAGUGGGAAUGCUUUGCUCCUGAAAGGUGGAAAAGAGGCAGCUAACACCAACCGCAUUUUACAUGAGCUAGCCCAAGAAGCUCUGUCCGUGCAUAAUGUCAGAGAUGCCAUCCAGCUGGUGAGCACACGAGAGGAGGUGGAGGAUCUGUGUCGUCUGGAGAAAAUGAUUGAUCUGAUUAUUCCUCGUGGGUCGUCUCAGCUGGUCAGAGACAUCCAGCGUGCUGCUAAGGGAAUUCCUGUGCUGGGCCACAGUGAGGGCAUCUGUCACGUCUAUGUUGACCAUGAGGCCAGCAUUGAUAAAGUCCUCAAAAUUGUCAGGGACUCAAAAUGUGACUACCCUGCAGCCUGCAAUGCAAUGGAAACCCUCCUGGUUCACAGAGAUGUGCUCCGAACUCCGCUUUUUGACCAGAUCAUUGACAUGCUGAGAACAGAACAAGUGAAGAUACAUGCUGGCCCUAGGUUUGCAUCAUACCUGACAUUCAGCCCUUCAGAGGUGAAAUCUCUGCGUACAGAGUAUGGAGAUUUGGAGUGCUGCAUAGAAGUGGUGGACAGCAUGCAGGAGGCUGUGGAUCACAUUCAUAAAUAUGGCAGUUCACAUACUGAUGUCAUCAUUACUGAAAAUGAGGAGACAGCAGAGCAGUUUCUGCAGUUGGUGGACAGUGCCUGUGUGUUCUGGAAUGCCAGCUCACGGUUUGCAGAUGGAUAUCGCUUCGGUCUUGGUGCGGAGGUUGGCAUCAGCACUGCUCGUAUCCAUGCCCGUGGGCCUGUAGGGCUCGAAGGGCUCCUGACUACUAAGUGGGUUUUGCGAGGAGAUGGCCAAACUGCUGCAGAUUUCUCUGAGCAGGGCAGCAUGAAGUUUCUGCAUGAGAACCUUCCUGUUGCACAACCUCUGACUGGACAGAGAACAUCUAACUAGAACUACUAAAAAAGAAAUGUAAUUUUUUAUGUUGUCAUUGCUCAGAUGCUCAUCCACUCCUCAAAAGAGCCCCUCUGUGACCUGAAAUCAUUGCUUAUUGGUACUUGUUGGGAGUCCAGUAUGUUUUAAUUAGAACAUAAUGGCAUUUGCAUUAAUUUACAAUUGACUUCUAAAUGGGGUUUCACAGUUAGCAUUUAGGCUAUGCUUCUACCUCAGCGUAGUUAAUUGGCCUGAUGCAGUAAUGAGCAAAGCAGUUCAGAUAUCUCAAUUUGUAUUUGUUCGUUGAAUGCUGUGGCUUAUCCAUAAGUUCCAUGUUAUGAGAAAUAACCGUUCAGUAAUGGACACUUUGGCUUUCUACCUUCGUAGCAGUAGUGUACAGUAGCUUCACAUUUAGGGAAAUGUUUUCAUUCCUGUGGUUACGCCGGCUCCAUUUUUGCAUUAUUGCUGAGAUUCUGCUUCAGGCUUAUUAGCAUUGUUCAUUCCUGAUUCUAUAUGGUACUGAUAGUCAUUAAAAUUGUGUAGCUGUGUAUGAAUUUAGUAUGGCAAAAUCAAAACUUCAGGUGUAUCCAAGAAUGACAUGCCUCCUUUAACAGUGUAUAGAAUUAUGGUUCUGUGCAAAAGUUUGGGCACGCCCUGUCAAAUUAUGUUUUCUUGAUUUUCUGUAAAUAAGUUAAUCUAUCAUCUACAGAGAACACAUUUCUGCACAUUUUAAUACACAGUUACUGUUUAUUUGCUGAAUGUAGCAUUGGGGAAAGAGUGAAAAAAGUGGCUUGGGCAGAAGUUACGGCAUAUUUUGUACUUUAUUUUUUGUAUGUGUUAAACUCAAUGAAUAAAUAGAAAUUGUACACUUAAAAAUUGCAGAACAUUUUAGGUUUGUUCCCUGUAUAGGAUGUUAACUUAUUUUCAGUCAACAAAAAGUGUCAUUUGAUGAGGGCUGGUCAAACUGUUGCUUACGACUGUAUAAACAUUUAUUUGUAGUGCCCACUCCACCGCAUCAAAUACAGAGAAAGUGCACCAUAACUGUUGCUAGUAUGAUAUGUAAUAGAUCAAUGCUUUGAUAAUUGAUCUGUCUCUGGGAAGCUGUCCAGCUCAAAGGAACAAUAAUAGCAAGAGUAAACUUAAACUGUAAAUUGAUCACCUAGACACAGCUAUGCCCAAGAUUUGAGUUAAUGUGUUAUAUUAGUGUAAGUGGACAAUUGCCAAAAGGUGCAGUGCUUUUAAAACCAGUAGUAUAUUUAUUACUUAAGACAAUUACUAUUUUAAGAGAAGUCAUGUUUUCAUGAAGGAGACAUUGGGCUAAAUGAGAAUUUUGGUUGGUUUUUGCUGUUUACCUACAGUACCUAAACUAAUGAAAAAAGAUGAAAUCUUCCCCUUAGCAGCAACAAAAAGUCAUUUUUUAAUAUGAACGUGAUAAUGGGAAUGUGUGGCACAGUGGUCAGCCUCCAGUCGUUUCAGCCAAAGCCAUCAUAGGUUUGCCAUCAUAGAUUUGUCAAUUGCAUCAUCUGCUGGAGAGUUUAUCAUCUGAGAUGUCAAAGUGCUUUAACAUUCCAAAGAAGGUGUUGUUGAUAAGCGGAGUACACUGAUGAAGAUGUACAGGACCUUUUGUAUUAUAUUUGCUUUGUACAAUAAACGUUUUGCAUACAUGUCUAA